CGGGCGUGGAACCGGAAGUGGGCUGGCGCGACUCUCUCUGGAGAGACGGAAAGCCUUUAGCUCUGCCCCGCUCCUUGCGGCGGAAGAGGUGAAAAGUCAGCACUGAGAGUUAUACAACAUGGCGCUAGCCGUGCGCUUUUGGUGCCUUCUCCCUGUGGGACGUAGCGCCGCCUGGGGACUUCGACUUCCGGCAGGUGCUGCCGGCAGACGGCGGCAGCGCGUUCCUUGGCGACUCGGCGCCUCUGAGGUGAUGGGAAACUCAGGAACUUUCAAAAGAAGUCUUUUAUUUUCUGCUCUGUCUUAUUUGGGUUUUGAAACUUAUCAAGUCAUUUCCCAGGCUGUUCUGGUUCAUGCUGCAGCCAAAGUCUUUAAAAUUGAAGAAGUCCUUGAACAAGCAGACUACUUAUAUGAAAGUGGAGAAACAGAAAAACUUUACCAGUUGCUAACCCAGUACAAGGAAAGUGAAGAUGCAGAGUUACUGUGGCGUUUGGCACGGGCAUCACGUGAUGUAGCUCAGCUUAGUGGAACCUCAGAAGAGGAGAAAAAGUUCUUGGUAUAUGAAGCCCUAGAGUAUGCGAAAAGGGCACUAGAGAAAAACGAAUCCAGUUGUGCGGCCCAUAAGUGGUAUGCAAUCUGUAUUGGUGAUGUUGGAGAUUAUGAAGGAAUCAAGGCUAAAAUUGCAAAUGCCUACAUUAUCAAGGAGCAUUUUGAGAAAGCAAUUGAACUGAACCCUAAAGACGCUACUUCAAUUCACCUUAUGGGUAUUUGGUGUUACACAGUUGCUGAAAUGCCUUGGUAUCAAAGAAGGAUUGCUCAAGUGCUGUUUGCAACUCCGCCUAGCUCCACCUAUGAGGAGGCCCUAGGCUACUUUCACAGGGCAGAGCAAGUGGAUCCAAACUUCUACAGCAAAAACUUGCUCCUUCUAGGAAAGACAUAUUUGAAGCUGCACAACAAAAAGCUUGCUGCUUUCUGGCUAACAAAGGCCAAGGACUACCCAGCGCACACAGAGGAGGAUAAACAGGUACAGCAUCUCCAGAACAAGGCAAACAGGUUUCCACUGAGGCACGUGAAGGAAAGAUACAGACGGAAGCUGCUCAGCUACUUACAGGUUUCAGUGACAAGAACUGAGAAUUUUUCAAUGAAGUACCUAAGGAGCAUUGCCUUUUCAUCAGAUUUUAAAGAUAAUAAAUACAUUAACUAUAAUUGUUCUAUGACUGUUCUUUUAACGUUGUGACCAUUUAACAGAUAUACAAAACUCUAGAUUUCUUCACAAAUAACAAGGCAAAAGAAAUGGUUACCACAAGAGUGGUAGAGACGUCUCUAUGGCUGAGAGGCAGAGAUGACUGUACCCAAGCUGCCAGCGAUAUGGCAGGGCGUGAGAUUGCCAAGGGGGACGGCAGCACGUCUGGAUGGGGAUCAAGAAAGGAAAGCUACAGUGCGGAAGCGCUGGCUUAGGAGGGGUGCAUUUUCAAGUUGGACUGAAAAGCUGAGCCGUUGCAGAGAAGCAACAGUGACAGGAGCUCAGCAGUUAACUGAUGUGUCUUGGAGCCAGCCUGCAUAAGGAAAGAGCUCAGUCAGGAGAGGACUGAAAAUGGAGUGGUUUCUUUUUUAAAACGUGAGGUAGUCUUAAAAGUGGAUUGAUUUUGUCACUCAGUUCAGUCGCUCAUUCGUGUCCGACUCUUUGUGACCCCAUGAAUUGCAGCACGCCUGGCCUCCCUGUCUAUCAUCAACUCCCGGAGUUCACCCAGACUCACAUCCAUCGAGUCAGUG